AUGGACUUAAAUAGUAACUCACAUGCUGCUGGACCUGCGCUCCCCACUCUAGCCCACAAUUUGCUGUUAUCCGACAAAGCAAGCAGCAGUAGUCAGCAGUCCGUGGACGACAUAGAUUCGAGUCAUACGCCACACCAGACAGAGUCCUGGAACCUCUACGCAGAUAUCAAUGCUGGAUUGCAAGCAUCCCCGGAGAGUGCAUUCCGCGCUGGCUCUGUGAUCGGUUUCUCGCGGCUCCGAAGCAAGAGCAACGAGGAUACGGAAGAUGAUGAAUAUUUAAGCCAGCUUCCUCGAGCCCUCCUCACAGCCCACUUAGUUCGCCAAGCCCAAACCCUCAACGCACCCAACUCAACGGCUGUCUAUAUCGUCCACCCAGCCACAUUCAACGCCUUCUCCCCCAGAAGACUCCUCGCCUCCCUGCUCAACACCACCACCAUCACCACCACCACCAACCGCCAAGUCUUGACACGCGACGCCGCGAUCGCCUGCCUCGACCGCGUCCAACUCUUCCCCGUCUUCGACCUCUACGCCGCAUUACAAGCCAUCCACGAAAUCAGCUCAGCCGUAGCAUCAUCCGCCGCAGGCCGCAACUCCCUGCAGCCCAACAAAGCCAUCGUCCUCGUCGCCGGCCUCGACACCCUCGCCGAGGGUGUCGUGCGCACAUCCAACGCCGCGCGAGGCGCGGCCGCCCUGACGGCCGCCCUACGGACAUUGACACACCUGACCCGCACUGGUCCUGCAGCGGUCUCGGUGCUGCUGGUCAAUACGAGUGGACUGGGGACAGCGGCCGCCAAUGCUGACUAUGCGAGUGGGUCGAUCGCAAUGCAGGAUGAGGCCAGCAGUUGGGAAAGUGGGGUUCGGUCUGCAUUUGGCGCAAAUGGGGCGAGCCUAUUUCCGAGCUUGUUGAUGCGGACGUUGGACCAGGGACUUGAUACGCAUAUCCUAGUGUCGACUACUAAGGGGUCGGGGGUGGUAGUCGAGGUUAUCAAGGACCGGUUGGGCGAGGGGAUCGGGAAGUGGUGUGUUUGGAAGAGCAUUUGA